CGGCGCGCACACGGCGGCGGACUCCUGGAUUACAGAGCAGGAGGUCCGCAUGGAGUCGCAGCACGGAGGAUUUGGCAUAAAAAAUAAUAUUUCGCCUAUAAGAACGCGAACACGGACAGUUGCGAGUCCAACUGAAUGAAAGAACUCUUGGAUACAGUUCGUGCUGCUCCACUUGCUUUGUAAGGAAAACAGUAACAGCUGGUUGCGGACUGUGUUUAAUCGGGAUUUGCUUUCUCACAUAACCGGGAUAUUUAACACGGAUGUAUUAUAUUCAUAAUUUAAAGAGCCACCCUCCGGAUAUUCGUCUGCCCCGGCUUUGUUGUCUCCAGAGUCAGCUCUUUUCCACCUUUACUUAAUUUUUAUUAUAAUGCGGUGUUUCGGAGGCGGAGGUUCAGGCUGGGCUGUUGCAGCUGCCGAGAAAGACCGGAGAGCACAGCACUAUUGAAAAAAAGGCAAGAGUGAAAAGCUGAUAUCAACAGUAACAGGCUGCUCCUGCAGUGAGUCGACAACAUGGAGCCAGGCAGCGGGGCUACGGCAGUGGGGAGCGCGGCGCUGGGACUGCUGGGGGCUGCUGGGAAUCAUGACAUUCCUGACAGAUGUUCCAGGGGUCUGAGGCCUUGUCUUCUCUCGGAGGAAGAUGACAUUGUUCCCGAGCUGACCAGGAGUAUCCACCCCAGAGAAAGGCCGGACUGGGAGGAAACCAUCAGUGCAAUGGCGAGGAGUGCAGAGAUACCCGAGCUGUCAGUAGAUCCCCCGCUACGAUCCUGCGGCAGCACCGCCAGCAUGAAGGUGAAAAAUGUCAAAAAGCUGUCUUUUACAAAGGGACAUUUUCCAAAGCUGGCUGAAUGUGCCCAUUUCCACUAUGAAAACGUUGAUUUUGGAACCGUGCAGCUAGCUCUGGCAGAUGAGCAGAGUGAAGUGACCCGAAAUGGCUGUGAAGCAAAGGAGCUGGUGUACCUGGUGCAAAUUUGCUGUCAGGGACGGAGCUGGAUUGUAAAGCGCAGUUAUGAAGAUUUUCGGGUCCUCGACAAGCACCUCCACCUGUGUAUCUAUGACCGCCGCUUCUCUCAGCUUCCCGAGCUGCCACGAUUCGACAGCCUGAGGGACCGAGCAGAGGCAGUUUCCCAAAUGCUGAUGGCUUACCUCUCCCGCCUCUCGGCAAUCGCAGACAACAAAAUAAACUGCGGCCCGGCGCUCACAUGGAUGGAGAUUGACAACAAGGGGAACCAUCUGCUGGUGCACGAGGAGUCCUCCAUCAAUGUCCCCGCUAUCGCGGCAGCUCAUGUCAUCAAGCGCUACAUUGCGCAGGCCGCAGACGAGCUCUCCUUUGAGGUGGGAGACAUUGUUUCUGUGAUUGACAUGCCCCCAAAAGAGGACACCACAUGGUGGAGAGGAAAACACGGUUUCCAGGUUGGCUUCUUUCCUAGUGAAUGUGUGGAACUAAUAAACGACAAGGUUCCUCAGUCAGUUACCAACUGUGUGCCAAAACCAGCCUCUCCCAGCUCUGGUCUGCGGCCGGCCUCCUGGAGCUUCUUCCCUCCCUAUUUGGAGAUGGAGAGUGUAAACGCAGAUAAUGUAUGGGUGCCCGACCCUCUAAACCACUACAGACUGAGCUCAGUGUCCAAGAAGCACGGCAAGCUCAUCACGUUCCUGCGCAGCUUCAUGAAGUCCCGCCCCACCAAGCAGAAGCUGAAGCAGCGCGGGAUCCUGAGGGAGCGGGUGUUCGGCUGCGACCUGGGCGAACACCUCCUCAACUCCGGCCAUGACGUCCCUCAGGUCCUCAAGAGUUGCACAGAGUUCAUCGAGAAGCAUGGGGUGGUGGAUGGAAUGUAUCGGCUCUCUGGAAUUGCUUCCAACAUUCAGAAAUUACGGCACGAGUUUGACUCGGAGCAGAUCCCAGACCUGACGAAGGAUGUGUACAUCCAGGAUAUCCACUGCGUGGGCUCCCUGUGCAAGCUGUAUUUCCGAGAGCUGCCCAACCCCCUGCUCACCUACCAGCUCUACGAGAAAUUCUCCGAGGCCGUGUCAGCCGCCACAGAUGAGGAACGACUGAUUAAAAUCCAUGAUGUCAUCCAGCAGCUCCCUCCUCCCCAUUACAGGACUUUGGAGUUUCUGAUGAGACAUUUGUCCCAUUUGGCUGCCUUCAGCUACGUCACCAACAUGCACAGCAAGAAUCUGGCCAUUGUCUGGGCUCCCAACCUACUCAGGUCCAAGCAGAUCGAGUCGGCGUGCUUCAGCGGCACUGCCGCCUUCAUGGAGGUGCGGAUCCAGUCGGUUGUGGUGGAAUUCAUUCUGAACCACGUGGACGUGCUUUUCAGCCCCAAGCUGAGCUCGCUCAUCCGAGAAGGAGCAGGCCACAGCUCCCUGUCUCGGCCCAAAUCCCUGCUGGUCUCCUCUCCCUCCACUAAGCUGCUGACACUGGAGGAAGCCCAGGCUCGCACCCAGGCCCAGAUCAACUCCCCUGUCACAGCCGACAGCAAGUACAUUGAAGUGGGAGAAGGGCCAGCAGCUCUGCAGGGCAAAUUCCACACUGUCAUAGAAUUCCCCACUGAGAGGAAGAGGCCUCCCGCCAAGGCAAAGAAAUCUCCAGUGGGCAGCUGGCGAUCCUUCUUCAACCUGGGCAAGUCCUCCUCCAUGGCCAAACGCAAGCUCCACCGCAACCCCAGCGAGCCCAAUGAGAUCAAGGCCAUGGCUCUUGCCGGCGGCAGAGGAGAUACGGGUACGCUGAGAUCCGCCAAGAGCGAGGAGUCGCUCACCUCUCUGCACAAUGUGGAAGGAGAGGCGAAGGUCUACAGGCCCCGCAGGCCGAGGUCCAGCAGCGACGCUCUCUCCACAUCCUUCAACGGAGACCUGCUGGAUAGCCGGCACCACUGCAACUCCUACGACAAUGUCCCCCAGGAGGACAGCGACGGGGACGAGGGGCCCGUCCGGGUCCCGGCUCUCAUCUCUCCACCGCGCUCCACCGAGGACGUGGACCUGAGCCCCCCGGACAUCGGCAUGGCCACCCUGGACUUUGACCCCAUGUCCUUCCAGUGCAGCCCCCCGCAGCCUGUCCUCCCCUCACCGGAGGCGGGGGACGUGGCGGGACUGGGGAGGAGCCCUGGCAGCGCCAGUGGAUCAGAGCCCAUGUCGCCUUCCCCAGAGAAAUUCACAAGCCCGUUCCUCUCGCCGGACCUCAGCCCAGCGCUGGAGGACAGGGCGGGGGGCAAGAAAUACCCCCCCACCUCCUCCUCCUCCUCCCCUCCCUCCACCUUUGCCGAAAAGGUGGCCCACGCCCUCUCCCCCAAAAUCGGUCGCAGGUGCGCCAAGCCGCCCCCGCCGCUGACGAUUUCUGAGCCCGUGGCCAUCUCGGUGCCCAGCCGGGUCUCCGAAAUCAUCGGGGGGCUCCCCCCCUCCCCGCCCCCCAUCUCGCAGGGUCUGGGCCGCUCCUCCCCGCCCCCCAUGCCGCUGAAGAGCGGCGAGCCGCGUCCCGCGGGGGGCUGCCAGCCGGACGUCCCCAGCAAGCUCUCCGCCCCUUGUGCCUCAGAGGCCCGGAGCUCGGCCAUCACAGACCGACCCGAGCAGGCCAAGCCGGCCGCCUGCAGUCACGCCCAGCCAGGAGCCGUAGCUCUGGACUCUCCGCAGGGCCCUGCCCCCGUCAGCGCGGUCACCCUCCUCCCCCCCCCUCCCCCUCCGAAGAACGCUGCCCGCAUGCUUGCCCUGGCCCUGGCCGAGUCCGCGCAGCAGGCCUCCAUACAGUCCCAGAGGAGGCCCUCUGAGCCCCCGACACCCACCUCCCCUCCCAGGGUGCCGGAACCACUGGACAUCAUCGAGUGGCCUCCCCCGCCGCCCCUUCAGUCCCACGCUGCCGCCGACCCGCCGGAGAGGGCCGCGCCUCCAGCGCCGGCCUCCUCUUCCGCCCUCGCCGGCACGCCCACGGAGAGCCAGGCCGCGGCCCCCGGCGUGAGCUCUGGCACUGCCCACGGCGCCGACCUGCCUAGCGUGUCCCCUGCCAGCCAAGGCCGUGACGGUGUCACAGCCGCCGUCUCGACGACGCCCAGCCAGCCUGCCGCGCCCCCCGGCCCCCCUGCCACCGCGGCACCCUCGCACAGGAGCCCCGAGAGACCGCAGCCUGCGAUGGGCCAAGUGCCGGGGACCAGCAGCCCAGCCCCCACCACGGGCUCUGCCGUCAAGGAAGUUCCCACGCUGUCACCGCAGAUGCAGACAGCAGGAGGGAUUCCUCCUCAGCCUCAGCUAAAGCAUGCUGACCUUCCGGCCCAGGCGACCCAGCCCCACUCCACCCCCCCGGCUGCCCGCUCAGUCCCUGCCCCGCCCGGGCCCCCCCACCCCGCGGAGAAGUCUCGGGAGACGGCCAAGCCCCCCGCCCCUCACCCUCGGGCAGAGUCCCUUCCUCUGUAUCACUCCUGUGGCCCCCCCCCGCCCGCCCCGCCCGUGCGCUCCAUCGAGAGCAGGCUGGCCGCCGCCGCCCUCUCCGGCACCGAAGCCGCCAACGCCUCCAACUUUCACACCAUCCUGACGGAGGCCUCCAUGCCGGCCUCGGUGGAGGAAGCCCUGCCGCAGCCGCCGCCCCCCCCCCGGAAAUCGUCUGCCCUCCAGCAGGUCUAUCUCUACCACUCGAAACCGGAGGCCGCCCCAGAGCCUGUCGGGGAAGGUUAUUACCAUCACCGCGCCGCCGCCGCCGCCACCGGCCAGCCCUCCGCGCCGUAUCACUACCGGCCGGAGAGCGUGCCGCCGCACUUAUCCUACCCUUCCAAGCCAGAGCCCCAGGUCCUCUACAGCGCUCGGGCGGAUGGUCGCUACAGCACUCUGGGUCCCAAGUCCUUCCAUCAGUCCAUCAAGUCGCGGGUUCCGCACAGGGCAGAAUACAGCCCCGCGGCAGGACCCUCGGGCCAUCGCGGGCUGGGUUACUCUCCCGGCGAUGGGGCGGCGGCGUACCCGACGAUCCGUAGAGUUCACUCUCUCCACGCGCCACCGACGGCUGUCCGCUCGGUGCCCAUCUCCCGGACCGAGGUCCCCCCAGAUGACGAACUUUUCUAUUACCAGCGCCCGGUCUACCAGUACAAACCCUACACACAGACGUCGCAGUCAGACUACCACGUCACCCAGCUGCAGCCCUAUUUCGAGAAUGGGCGGGUGCACUAUCGCUACAGCCCGUAUUCGGGUGCUAACCCUCUGGAUGCACCCUAUUAUGAUGUGGACCCUUACGGCACCAUUCGGCUGCGGCACUUUCACUCCCUCACCAGCCGUGACCUGGCCCCGCACUUAGGCAGGGUGGGUGGAAAAUCGGGCUACCACUACCUGUCGAGGCAUAUUGUGCCGCCAGGAAAAGAGCACAGCUUUGUAAGUCGCGACAUGCCCCCGUCUCCUGAUGUCAAGGGAGGGCCCGUCUAUCUGGCCUGGGACCCAGAGGAAGCCGAGAAGCUUCGCAUGCACUCCAUUCGGCGCGAGAGCAGAGCGCGGCAGAAGGCCAAGGCGCCGGUGAUGUCGCAGUACGAUAACGUGGGCCCGGUCCUGCAAGGGGAUCUGGGGGGUGUGGAGAUCCUGCACCUCCGAAGCAAGUCAGACCCCGGAAAAGCCGUGCUGAUGGCUGCAGAGGCGAAGGACAGCCGGUACAGCGGGCCAAUGGCGACGCAGCAUUCCCUGCGGCACCCUCUGUCCGACAACGAGGUCCUCUCGUGUGUUGAGCUCGAAAAGCACUACCAGGGCAACGGACUGAGUGACAAGACGGCUGUCCCACAGAAGCAGAGUGGGCCCAGGAAUGUCCAGACCUUGCAGCACCAUCCACAUCAGCCACAGCCACCACAGCGCAGUCUUCCCCAGCAACAGCAGCAGCAGCAGCAGCAGCAGCAAGAGUUGAAUCGCCCAGAUCCCAAGAAUGGGCAAGGGGAAUACGACCAAAUGGGCGGCGGCGGUAGCAGCAACAGCAGUAGGCACUGGCAGGAGCACCCGGAGGCCAGAAGCUACCAGUCCCGCUACGAGCGGCCUGAGCAAGACAGGCACAUGGUGAGGAUCAAAACCACUGGCGGCUACCCAGAGGAAGAUCCACAGGUGGUCCCUGUGAAACCUGUGGCCCCUUCCAAGCCCGAGCGCUCUCACAGCCUCCGAGGAUCUCAUCCGCACUACCAUCACCCCCCCAACCCUGCUCCUCAUCUCCAGGACAACGCAGAUAGGGACCAUGGAGUGUCAUACACUUACCAGCCGCACGGCAAGCGGCACAGCACCAUGACCGUGCUGUCCCAGUACGAUAACUUGGAUGACUAUCAUCCUUUACCUCAGCCCCAAACACAGCCAGCUGCUGUGCCCACCCGAGGGGGCAGCACCCUCGUGGUGGGUGCUGGCAGCUUCGCCCCUCCUAGUUUUGCACCCUCCCACAAUAGCAGGACAUACUCUACCGCCCUGGGGCAGGGCGCCUUCAUUCAGACAGAGUUGUCCCUGCAGAGGCCCGAAGCAGAGAUCCAUGCCGAGUAAGAGAUCUACGCAGGGAGUUUAAGACCUAAAGAAACUGGUAGUUAACAAAUAAAACUAGGUGAAAUUUAAAGAUUAAAAAUCAGCAGCCUCUGCAGGACAGUGGACUGUCACCUGUUCGUUUUUUCUUUUUGUAUUUUUUAAAGAAAUGGGGAAAAAGCACCAAAAAAACGCAAAAGACUUUAUAAUGAAUCGAAUGUACCAUAGUUUCUUCCGUUGUCUAUAAUGCCACACAGCUGUGACUUACUAAAAAAUGGGGUGUUUAUGUAUAGUUUACAGGGGGGAGCAAACAACAAACUACUGGCUAAAGGGGUUUUUGUUUUUUCUGUUGUUUUGUUUGUUUCCUUUUUAAGAAAAGGGGGAGGGUGGGGGGAGAAAAAAAGGUUUGCAUUUUAGAAAUGCAUGUCCAGUCUGUAUUACAGACCAGUUCCUUGUACCACCUUGCUUUCCAUUGUGUACCAUCUGGAUGUUACAACGUGUUCAGGGAGGUAAUCUGUAUAACUCAUUGUGACCUCCCUCCUUUACAGUGUACAGGACCAAGGGGUGUAUUUAAGGAGGACAGUCUUUAAAUCUUUCAUCACACUGGGUUGGGGGCCUACAGUAAAGAUAUCUGCCAUUUCAAAGCUAGUUCUUUAAAAAGAGGAUGCAAGAUGCUUAAGAAAGUCAGCAAUCCUUCACUUGCUGGAAGGUCUGUUUUAACACAAUGUGUUAAACAGUCUUUCAUGUUCUUGGUGCAUUGUUUUCUGUGGGGUUGGCAAAAGACUACAGAUAAACUGAAAUGUUUAUGGGAGUGUACUACAAAACCAUUUUAAACAAGAGGGACCAAAUGUUAGGAGGUUGAUUUAGUUGAAUAAGAAAAGGAAAUAGAAAGGGCGUUGCAAAGCCUAACUUACAAUAUUUUUGGCAUUAAUAUUAUUAUUAGUCGUAUUGAUGAUUCAAAUCACAAUGUAGUGUGUUCUUUUGAUCCAUUUAUGAUCAGUUGGCUAUAUUGUGUUGAUACAUGUAAACCCAAUUUAUUAACAAGGAAGGCUGCCAUUUGUUACUUUUUUAAGUGCAUUUAUUUUACUAUUCUUCACUUGUGAAGGUGCUGUCAUAAAAAUGUAUACCAUGCAUCUGCAUCUAAAACAGUAUGUAAUUUCUCACUUUUGAUAUGUUGGUGGCCAUUAUAGUAGCAGUAGCACUAGACCCUAAAGCCUAAAAUCCUUGUUUUAUUUGCAUGAACUUGGCCCCAGUCCAGUAUCAUCUAGUUUUGGUUUUGUCAUCCAAGAUCUCUUAAUGAGUGAAUUGAUCUUGUGGUUUUCCUAAUUUGACUUUGAUGAUUUAGGGUUAAAAAUCUUUUGUGUAAUUGUGAAUGCUAGGAGCGCUAAGAUAAACCCUUCUCAUUUCCUAUAUCCUAUAUCCUUCUGUGCAUUCCAGUGACAAUGCACAAUGAUCUAGAAUACAGCUCGUACGUCACUGUGAAAAUUCAAGAGAGCUCAUCACAUCACAAGAGUUUCUAAUUCAUGUCAGAUGCAGUCUUUUUUCAAAACAGUCAAGCCACAUAUUUGUGUAAGUUAUGCUUGUGACUCCAGGUAAGGUAUGUGGAUGGUCUUGUGGCUUAAAAUAAUAGUUUAUCAAAAUGAUUUUUAAGCUUAUUUUUUCUGCUUUUCUUUAGCUUUCCCUUUUGGGGGGAAAAACUCACAAUUUCUUUUUAUUAAUAUCCAUUAAGUCGCUGCCCCUUAAAAAAGGCAGCGAGUGCAUUCCUUGCUGUGUUAACAUAGUUGUAAAUUAUUGCUUCUGUAUAAUGUGCAUUUUUUGUGGGGGGUAGGUGUUUACUGGCUUUAACAUUUUGAUUUUAUGUUUUCACCCUUAUAUUUUCAUUUGCAUAAUAAGCCUGACCAUUUGCCACUACCUACAAAAUGGUAAUACUUUACGGCAGAGGAUCAUAAUUAAAUUUUAAUAUUCUACUUAACAUUUGUGUGUGUGUGUCUUAUGUAUGUGAAGUCCUCUAAAUUUUGCUGUUAUCAGAUAAAGAUGUCUGCUGACUAGCAGAAAGCAUCCCUUGGCAUUAUACAAUUUGGAAGCAACCCACCCCCAACCCACAUUUAAGACUAUUUGUUCCCUAAAAUAGGGUGAGACUGGCUAAACACCCACAUAGUCCUGUACUCAAUGUGAAAACAUCUCGUUUCAUGUACUGGAAAAUAUUAAAAACUUGUAUUGUGGGAUAUGAAUACAUAAAUGAAGAAAUUUAAUGUUCUUGAUUUGCGGUGAAUUAAAAUUUUAUUUAUGCUGUUUUUAUAUUUACUGUUGAAGCAUUUUGUUGGAAGAAUGCAGUGUUACUUUUUCAAAUUCAGAUUACCUUAGACUAGCAGACAAUUCAAAAUACAGUGAUUGUACAGUGGCACUUGAUAAAAAAAAUGGAUUAGUCUGAAUUCCUAUGUAUAGAAAUAUAUAAUGGGGGAGGAAAAAAAAGAGCAGUAAAAACUAAGCAAGAUUUUAUUUUCAAUGUGAACAAAAGAACUUGAGAACUUAAGGCUAUUCAUGAGAAGAAGCUAACUGACCCACCUGCCUUGUUUGGUUCCUUGUAGUUUAAUGCAAUAAGAAGUCUACUACUUAAAUGAGCCCAUGGUUUCAACAUGGUUCCCUGACCUGAAUGCUGGCAUCAGAUUUGUACAUCACUCUGUAAAGAUCUUCUGUGGUCUUAAAGACCCUCAACUUCAAUGUCCACUGGCAUCUCCAGAUCUUUAUGUUGCCGCUUACCUGCUGUCAUGUACUCUGACAGUAUAUAAUUUAAGUUCCGUUUUUUUUUUUCAUAUUUACAGAUUAAGAGAUGUAUUCGAAUGUCUUUGCUUCUGUCAGUAUGCAUUACAUAACAAAGUGCACAGUGCCGAGUACAACAGCCCAUUUUGGAUUGAUUUAAUGACAGAUACGGGACAUGAAAGUUAAAGGAAAACUGUUCAAUUAGCUGUCAUCACCAUACAUGGUACAGUAACGUUUUGGUCCAGAUACUGACUGGGACGUCCGCACAGUUUCAGAAAUGAAAAGGGAUCGAUGCAUUUAGUUUAAUGCAAAUGCUUAAGAUCAUGCAGUAGUGGCCAACUAUCAGUCACCUUACCUAUUUAAAGGUGUCUGCAAAGCAAAUAAUCCUGAAUGUAAAAUUUGUGUUGUACAUUAUUUCAGAAUGGUUAGUUUCACCUGGCUGCAGCAUCAAAACUGUUUCCAGUAUAUUACUCCCAAGUAUUUGAAGUUACAUUAUUUUGCAUUCAACAAUAACUGAAAAUGAGCAAGCAAAAAGUGUCUUAAUCCAUUU